CCUUUUAAACACCCCGCAAAUCUUCUUGGUUUUUGUUUUGUUUUGUUUUGUUUUCCUGUGCACUUGUGGAAAAAAGACAUGGACCAAUGUAAGACUUGGAUUAUCACUUGCUUUUGUCUUCAACUACUCCUACUUAAUCCUUUUGUCAAAGCCCAAAGCUCCUGCGGGAAUCCAGUGACAGAUGAUGUGAAUGACAUUGCAAAAUUGGUUGGAAAUCUCCCAAAUGAUUAUAUGAUAACCCUUAAAUAUGUCCCGAAGAUGGAUAGUCUGCCUAAUCACUGUUGGUUGCAUUUGAUGGUGCCUGAAUUUUCAAGGAGUCUACAUAAUCUUCUCCAGAAAUUUUCAGAUAUUUCAGAUAUGUCUGAUGUUCUAAGCAACUAUUCAAUCAUCAAUAAUCUCACAAGGAUAAUUAAUGAUCUUAUGGCAUGCCUAGCUUUUGAUAAAAAUAAGGAUUUUGUAAAAGAAAAUGGUCACCUUUAUGAAGAAGGUCGCUUCAUUCCUGAGGAUUUUUUUAGGCACUUUAAUAGUACCAUUGAAGUCUACAGGGAGUUUGCAGAUACAUUGGACAAGAAUGACUGCAUUCUGCCUUCAACAGUAGAAACACCAGAGAAUGAUUCCAGAGUCGCUGUCACAAAAACAUUUUUGUUUCCUCCUGUUGCUGCCAGCUCCCUUAGGAAUGACAGCAUUGGCAGUAACACUAGCAGUAACAAAGAGGCACUUGGCUUCAUUAGCAGCUCCAGUCUGCAAGGGAUCAGCAUAGCACUGACAUCACUGCUGUCUCUUCUUAUUGGCUUUAUUUUGGGAGCCAUAUACUGGAAGAAAACACAUCCUAAAUCCAGACCAGAAAGUGAUGAAACUACACAGUGUCAUGACUGUCAAGAGGAAAAUGAGAUAAGUAUGUUGCAGCAAAAAGAAAAGGAACAUCUACAAGUGUAGCUGUUGCUUUUUCUCCCUCAACACUGUUACUGUUUCAUGUACUGGCAGGUAACAGUUCCAUGUUCGCUUCAUAAAUGAAGCAGUUUUAAGCACAUUCGUAUUCCUUCUGGAGUGACAGACUGAGUCUGCAUCUGUUGUUGCUGCCCAUGACUCCAUAGACAUAAUACAGAAAUGAGGACAAUUUGUGUUUGUUACUGUGAAACCAACACUGAAUUGAACGACAAGAAGAGUGUGCACUUAGCAGGACUGUAUCUUAUGUGAAUAUCUACCUUGUGUGGCAUUUGGGGAUUUUUAAUUGCAUUUUUACUUGCAACUGACUCUGGCAAACAAAGUACAUGUCCUCAAAAAAAGCAUCUUUCAAAUGCCUCCAACCAUAUGUAAUCACUGAAAGUCAUAAAUACCUUUGCAUCCUUAAUUUAAAUUCUGUGUCCUCUACCUUGGUGUCUUCAGAUGGAGUUCUCUGAACUGACAGAAAACGCAGAAAUGGAUACAGAUAAAAUACUCUUCAAUAUUGUAUAUAAAACUUGAAAGCAAAGUCAUGCUAUGGACCUGUGUUCUAGCCUUUUAGUUAUAAGGAGCUGUGUUUAUGCCUGGCAAAGGUCAUGUGUACAGCAACGUGUGGUCUCUGUCAGGUGCAAGGUGGCUGGUUGCCCACCCCAGAAAGCGUCAAGAUUUCAUCAGCAUUGGUGAUCUCUGUUCAGGAGAAGCAAAUACUGGAUGAAGACAAAGUAAACAGGAGGUGACUGUACCUCAUGGACUUUCAAAGUGUUAAGAGUAACUGCUGGGUAUGUGAAUAUGGUGAAAUUUCCAGCCAUGCCAAGGAAAGGGAAAGUAAAGAGUCUGAAUUGCGUUCAAACAUCAGAAUAAAGACAAACCCAUGAAAUGCAUUUUAAAUGCUGAAGAUGGAUGCAUGCCAUUGAUACCUUGUCUUUAAAUGUAUAGCGUGGAAAAUCUGAGAAAACCUGAGUGUAUUUAGCCUUUAUUACAUCAGCUGUAAUUAAUGUUUGCAUUGUGUUUUAAGUGAUUAGUAAGCUUUAAUAUCCUGGAAUUCUCCACUCUUAAAGUUAAUUCUCUCGAAACAAAAGAGAAAGGCUUUGUUUCCCACUUGUCAUCUGCAUCUAUUGCUGUUGUAGCAUCUAUGAAAUCUGUACAGGACUGAUGUACAGACACGCGUUUUCAAGUAAAUCCUAAAAAUACCAUGAUAAAAGUUACAAGUGUAGUUGUGCAUCUUUUCAUCUUGGCUUUUUCCAGAUAAUGGGUAUGAAUUAUUUAUCUAUAUUAGGGGUAUGUAUUUCAGAAGGUAAAGGUCGCUCACUUCAGAUAACACACUGUCAUCUGUCAUUAGCUGACCAGGUCAGCAGGAGUUCUAGUUUAAAAAAAAAACAACACCACCCUUUUAAUGUUUUGCAUAAAGUUGGAGUUCUCUUUAAAGUAAAGACUUAGUCUCUUAAAUUUUAAAGCAUUUUUGUUGAAGUUUUAAUAUUCUGAUUAAUCUUCUAAGAAUCAUGCAUAAAAAAUUAUGAUACAUAUAAUAUAUACGUGUGUGUGUGUGUGCGCACGUGCGUGUGUGUGUGUGUGUGUCUAUGUGUUAUUGGUAAAAUUAAUUUGUCCUUCAUGCUUACCCAAAAGAAAAAAUCUAACAACCUUACUGUGUUUGAUGAUGGAGAUUAUGUGUGCCACUCUGUGUGGAAUUUUGAUGCUUCUGAGACUGACAUCAGAACUUCUUGUGAAUUGAUUUGAUCAUGUGGAACUAUUUUUUUAUUUCUUUAUUUAUACUGAGACCUGUUUGCACUUCCUGGAUGUCAGAAAAGGGUCCUCAAGCCCUAUUCAUCUAGUAUAAGUUAGCAUAGUUCCAUUAACAUUAACAGAGAUUUGGGGUUUGCAUCAUCUGAGGAACUUAAACCAGACCAAAAAAAAAGCUUACUGUGAGAAUUAGGCUUUCAUUUUUAUUCAGAAGAUGCUGAAGCACUCACCACUUAAUAAGAAAUAAUCAACGUUGCUCAUCACUUCUAAAAAAGGAAGGGCUUCCCAAAUUUCAGCUCUGCAAAAAUCAAACAAAAGAAUUCCCCAUCUGCAACUCAGUCUCAUUUGACAUGGUGUAGUUCAUUACUUGCAAGGCCCUCAGAGUUUGUGUUUCAAACUCAUUUAAGAGUUACCCUGAAAGAAAUGCCAGCAUGACUUAAUUGAUGGGAAAUUUGCACUUUAUGGGUAAUGCAGAGAAUAACUGAGUAUUGGUUUUGACAGAGCAGAAAAAUAUCCACAGUAAAUGGAAGCAAUUAUCCUUACACAUUUUACAGAAACCUUAAAUACUUCAUGUUGCUAUACAAUACAUCCUCAAAGCAAGCUUAUGCUUGAAGUUCUACAGCAUUUUUCUUAGAAUCAUUUAAAGAAAAAUCCUAUAUUUAUUAAUGUUCUUUGUUCAUAAGAAUGUUAGUUUUCCUAAAUGCGUUUUUUCCAGCAAAUCAAAUACACAGUGAUGUUGCACAAUGGUGUGCCCCGAAUUACAUGUUGAUAUUCAAAAUGCAUGAUGCUUUAGAUUCCUUAGUCUACUGUUCAAUAGUAUAGAAAAUACCAGUUGUAAAUUUAAACCCAGAUAGACUGCUACAAAAUGUUCACCUUCCAAGAAUAACAUCUUAAAAUAGUAGCUAAGUCACUUUCAAAGCAUGUCAGAUACUUUGAUCUCUUCCAUACAGCAAGACAAAUUUAAGGCUACAUGAGAACAGAAAGAAAAUUCAUGUAUAAGCCUUCCAACUUCACAUCACAAACAUAGUUCUUUGCAUAGGCAUCAAAGUCAUACGACACAUGGAGUAGCAGAACUGUUGUUGGAGCUCAUGGUUUUCCCGUUCUCUGCACCCCUUUUUGAGAGAUAUGAACAAAACAUUGGGUGUUCACAAUCAUUUUGCAAAGCAGGACACUUCUAGACAUUUGUGGAUACAGUGGAUGGUGUGGCACUUGGAAAUGUGGCCAUGAAAUUAUUUGAAAUUUUGUGUCCAAUUUGUCUACCCACUGAGGAGGCCCUUACUUUGGUGAAAUUUUGAAAGACUAUUGACUGGGGAAAUGUUUUUGAAAUCAAUAGAAAUAGAAUAAGUUACUGUUCAGUGGAAGUAGGAAUGGCAGAAAUAGUCCUUUAGUUGCUUCUUUAUCCAGUUGUAAGCUAUUCAACUUCUGAAGAGUGAUCACUUUUUCAGUCUUCUUUUGGGGUAGACAGACCUUGUCCACUAACACAGAAAAUAAACACCCUUUCUCUUAAACUAAAGUUGGGGAAAAGUGAGUGUUGUAUUUUUUAUGCAAAAGUCAACAAAAUUUGUUUUCCAGAUAUCUGUGGAUUUGUAAGAAACUAACAUUUUUAGGUUUCCUUUGGAGUAGUUGAACUUUGCAUGCAAUUAUAGUGGCCUUGUGACAAUAAAAAGCAGAUUGUGAUAUACUGAGUAACUCAAUGUGUUACUUUAGGUGUGUGUUUACUUGAAUAUAUUAAUGGUACUUACUUCCUCACAAGGUCAUUUUGUAAGUAAGCUCAUGAAAUGUGCUAUACUAUGGUGUAUGUGUACAACCUGCACAUUUUUUAGAUUCUGAUCUUCACCAGCUCUGUUUUCUCUGUUGCUUUCUCUUUGUAAUAUGCUAAAACUGUUCAGUACACACAAUACAACUAUUCAAUUGAAAAUCUAACUGUCUAUGUAAAAUACAGAUAUUUUGAGUUAGAUUUACAUUUAAGAAUUAUCCAACAUUCUUCAAUUCAGGAAUCUAAUUCAACUGUCUAUUAAAUACAGAUUUACAGGAAUGGUGGCAUGUUGCUAUUAUGUUAUCAAAUUGAUGGAACGCAGAAACUUCAGACUCUUUAGUGAUAGAGACACAGAUGUUUGCUGGUUGUAUUUUGGGCAAAUUCAUUUAUUUCAAUGUAAAUAUCAGCACAGUCUUGCAUAGUUACAUUCUGACUGAAGGUAAUCAACAAAGUUUUUAAAAUGUGAUGUGUAUGUAUAUAUGUGUCCUCUUAAAGAUAGAUGUUUUCCCAGAUCCUUUUUUAUACUAGUUCAAAUUUGGAAUUUACAUUAUAUACAUAUACUUUAUUGUUCUAAAUAAAGAUAUUAUGCACUGCC